CAGAGCUAGUAGUACUAAGCUGAACUCCGUGAGAGAAAGAGAUGGAGUGUUCGAGUAUGGCCGUUGCGUCUUGCUUUCGUCUGAUUGCGACCAUUCUUCUUCUUGCAAUGGCUGGUCGCUGCUCGUCGCAGCAAAUGGAUCAUAUCCAACUCAGCAGAAUUGCAGACUCGAUUGACGACCUCACUCAGGUGUUGCAAGGGGUCGUGGAAAAUGUAACCUCGGGGCAGAGGUAUAUGAUCGACCUCCUAGCAGUGGAGAUCAUCGUUUUCUGUGAAGGGGGUUGGCUGAAGCUGAGUUCCUCGUGUUACUUCAUUAGUAGACACCAGCAUUGGGAAGAGAGCCGUCAAAAGUGCAUAGCCUUGAAUUCUGACUUGGUCAAGAUAACUCAUGACGAAGAGUACAUCUUCCUCCGUGAUCUUGUAAAAGGUCACCACGCCUACAUAGGGCUGAGUGACCAGCAAGAAGAAGGGACCUACAGAUGGGUUGUAGAUGGCACCAUUCACCAAAUCGUUGACUCAUGGUGGCGUGAAGGUGAGCCCAACAAUGCACACUCAGGAGAGCAUUGUGUCCAUUACCACUCUCCUAGCGAUGGUCUCAAUGAUAUUUCCUGUGACACGAAGUUCAGGUACAUCUGUGAAAAAUCUGGCCACCUGCCUUGGAACCUUGCUUCUGUGCCAGAUGAAGAAACACCCGCAGAAAAAUGAAAUGGAAAAUGGAUUAGGCUUAAUAGUAGAUUUCUUGCCAAUUGUCUGCAUAACCUGUAUUUUGUUGGACAACUCCAUAGUUCAUGUUGACAUUUCUUUAAUUAGUAGUAAUAUAACUGCAACAUUCAAGUUUACAUACGAACUGAUAUGCUUUAGCUAUUUUAGAAAGGAGUCUUUUUGGCUACAAGACAUCCCCCGACAGUAAUUAUUAUGUGGAACUUAGGUAUAAAGUGAUCUGGGUGACCAUUCGGUAGGAGAACUGAAGUGCUUUGUGAUCUAUGCUUGUUUCAGAGUAGUUUUUGUGUGAUGUCUUAUUUUCUCCCAGGUGGGAAACCACUUCCAUUAUCUAGGAAAGUGGCUUUUUAAUUUCAAUGAAAUAUGGUUGAUCUAAUAUGACAGGUGGUUGAAUCUCUCAUGAGACAAUUUUUUUUCUAUAGUGCUCAAAUUCCUUGUAGUACACUACAAAUAAUGGAAGUGUUUGUGUUACCAUAAACUGUUCUUUAAGAACAAGGCAUAUAAAUCUUUAAACAACUAUUUUGUCUCUGUAUCAUGAAUGAAACGAUACGUACAAGAAUAGUUCUUAGGUUUCAAUUCCAUUUCACUUUGCCAGAGGAUGUCUCCUUCAGUCAAAGGAGUAAACUUCUUCCUGUAUAUCAAAGGCAGUCAGCAACCAAUUUUGGGUUCAUUUCUUCCUUGGAACAUUUUUAGUUAUCUUUUUAGGACAUGUGCAUGCUGCAAUGCAAAAGUUACCUUAGCAAAUUCUACAAAAAUAACAUUCUUGCUGUGAAAAGACAGAAAACUGCUUUCUGGAUUCCCUACAAGAAACAAACAAGCAAUACUCCACUGGGAGAAAACCCUCAGAAAAUUUGUCUGAAAAAAUUCAGCUGUUGCCUCAAAUAUACUGCAUGCUCAAAUGCAGUUCCUCCUUACCGCAUUACUUUCCAACACACUUCUGUAUUUUCAUCAGCACUACUUUAACAUAAGAUCAGACAUGCAAAUUAUAUUCAGUAUUCUAUUUCAAUAUUCUAUGCCCUAUCCUGCAUUUAUAUGAAAUCCCAUCUAGCAAAAAUAAUACUGUAUCUUAAAAGACAAGAACUAUGCUUGGUCCAUAAUACUGUAUCUUAUAAGCCAAGGACUACGCUAGGUCUGUUUAUUUGACUGAGUCAGUAAUUUUUGACUUGUGUUUCUGGACUAAAAUUUACUGCAGAUUUCAAAAAUCAAAUCAACUUCUUACUUACACCAACCUGACCGCUUUUCUGAUGUUACUCUUUUUCUGAUUUGAUAUUUAGGAAUAUUACUAUAUCCAUCUGCUAUGUAUAUGACUGAUUAUGAAGAUGGUGGAUAACAUAAAUAGUAAGAGAUAAUAAAAUGUAAUUCUAAUGACAAAUAAAGGCUUCAUUCAAAAUAUAUAAACAACAUUAUUAAAUAUUAACGGUUAUUAUAAUCAAAAUUAACACUUUCCUUGUCAUACCCAAUAUAGCAAUAUGUAGAAAAUUUCAAUCAUUCCUCAAAAUGCUUUGUCAUUUUUGUAUAUCAAAUACAUUCACUAAAUAUAUACAAAGUAAAAAGAACAUAUGAGUACUGUAUAAUAUUAUUGUAAAAAAAAAUUUAAGAGCUGAAGCAAAUCUAUCCCAGACCCUUGACAGCACUGUAGUCUCUUAUACAACAGUUAAUUACAUAGGCAAUUUUAAAUGAAAUGCAUGUAAGUUUAUAAAUCAUAUAUACAUCUAAAUUUCUACAGAAUAAUUCAUCCAUACAGAGAGUAUUUCAUUGGAACUAUUUUUAGAGCUGCAACCUUUGACAAAAUUCAACAGAACUACAUUUCCAAUUGAUAACUAUUCUUCUUCAUCUGACUCAUCAUAUUCCUCUGCUUCACUAUCAAUGUCAUUUUCCUCAUCAGGAACUUUUCCAGUUUAAUCACUGAAACAAUCAGGAACUAUGGGACCAAUAAACCAAUUCAGCGUGUAUAUUCCAUUCUCCUUAAUCCACCUAAUACAAUGUGGAGUGGAUCAAGGUGAUUAAUGUCUCUUUCAUCUGAUGAUUUCCACAUGUUGGCAAUGAAGUUUGCAUGAAGGAUAUGCUUCUUGAGGGUUGCUUAGUAUGAGAGGAAGCACAGAUAGCUCCAUUCCUUUGAUAUUUUUCAAAGGAGUGUUUGAGUUGUUGAACUAGUACUUCACAGUGAAUAUGCUGUAGUGAGCUGUGUUAACAUCUUUAGUUUUGUUUUGCCCAUACAAAACACACAAACUCUUCCAGAAGAAGGAGCUGUCUCUUCACUGUAGAGGAGCCAAGUUCUCCAAAUGCUCUUCAGAACCUUGGAUAAUUCUCUACAAUAUUUAAUGGAUGUACUUUCCCUUUGCCCUAGAUGAAAGAGAAUAGUAGUAGCCAGUGAAGACAUGCAAACAAGGUAAUGCUUGUCAAAGCAAUGUUACAUCAAUAUACCUCUGACUGUUGUUUAAAUUGCUGACGUCCAUAUAAAUUAUAAUGAAUAAUUCAAACCAGCAUGAUAAAAAAGAAUCACCAGUGUCAUUUGCUCUUACACUGAUGAUGUAGUUGGAGUUGAGUUUAGGCUGUGAAUAUGCUGCAUCAUCUUUGGAUCAGCUUCAGUGUAGGAACUCAUAAGUGGUUUAUACUCUUUCCUUGUCAUGUGUCCAUCAUCACAGAUUACAGGAAGCAUUUGCAAUCAAUAGCAUAAAACAAUUUCUUGUUGGCCAGUAUAUCACAAUACUGAUCAUCACGCCACUGCUUGGCUAGGAAGCAAAGAAGGAUGUCUUGUAGGAAGAGAAUGACAAGGCUGUAGAAAAAUUUCUUGGCCUAGCUACAAUCACUGAAAACAUUCGUACACCUGUCUUGUUCUAGCCCUUAAUAAUUGUUCCUGAGUAUGUGUCAACUGACAAAAUGAACCUAUGUUGCUGAUGUCCUGCAAAUAUUUGUUCAUAUACAGUUGCUACAUCUUUGAAUUUAACGAGUAGGUUAGUCAAACUACAUAAGGGGUCAGUUGACUGAUGUGCCUUCUCCACCGCCGUCUAUCAAAGGCAUCCUCCUCCACCAAACCUCUUCUCUCCACAUCUUUCUUCACUUUACCUCACCAUCUAAUUCUCUGUCUCCCUCUCGAUCUUCUUCCUUUUGUAGGUUCCUCCCAAGCUCUCUUCACUCCCUUCUAGUCAUCCAUCCUCAACACAUUCCCAUCCCAUCUCAAUUGUGACUCUCUUAUCUCUGCAAUCUUUACUGAGCCUGCCCUUCUUCUUAUUUCGUCAUUUUCCAAUCUCUCAAGCAGCGAUAUUCCCAUAAUCCACCUCAACACUCUCAUCUCUGUUCUAUCAAGCUUUGCUUCCUCUUUUCUUCUUAACACUGGUCUUCUCACUGUGCUCUAGAUCUUGACUGUUAGCUUGAUUGGCAUUUUCUUAUUAUAUACUACUCCAGCUACCUUUCUCUACUCACCUUGCACAGCUUUUAUCAUACUAUCAAAUCAAGACUCACAUCCUCCCUCUUGGUUUAAAGUAGAUCCUAAGUAUUUAAACUUUUCCAUAUGUUUUAUGAUCAAGCCUCUUCUUUCAUGUACUAUUAUUCUGUCUCUAUCUUCCCUACUGCUCACCAAAACCUAUUCAUCUCGACCCACCUAAUAUACUUUUUUAGGUCUUUCCUCUUCCUCUAACACCGUAACAUCACUUCUCUUGGGAUUCUAUCGAAUGCUUUCUCUAGGACUAUAAAUGCAUGAUAGAGCUUCUGGUUUUCCUCUAGCCUCUGUUGCCGUACCUUUCUUACUAUGAAUAUUAUGAAGAUGGGAUUCACUGUACCUCUUACUCUCAUGAAAAUAAUAUCCAACAUUUAUUACACUUAUAUUCGCCUUGUUAUAUAUUGAUACAACAACUUUCUUUACUACACUUCCACACUAGGCGCCAUAAUCAUACUUUAAGCUAAAAGAAAAACAAGAACCAUCCAUUGUGGGGGGGGGGAUCCACACUCAUGCAAAUACAAGGGAAAUAGAAUAAUUAGACGAAUAACUGUCAGAAAUCCUUUCCACCUUUUGUAAAUAUGUAAACAAACCUGUUUCUUGGUUCUAUGCCAAUAAAAGAAAAAAGGAAAAACUUAAAAAGCAAAGUGACAAUUCAACAAAAUAAAGAUAAACAAAAACAUAUUUUAAUAUGAAUAUCAAACAUUUUCAAACAAACUCAUUUAUAAACCCAUUUAACCACUGUAAUACUGUUGCUCCUUCUGACCUGACAUCUAAUUUAUGAUUUAAGUUCAGUGAGCUAUUAUUAGUGUAUUAAUUUCAAAUAAUUUUUUAUGAUUUCCUGAUAAUUUAAAUGAAACUUAAUCAUAGAACAGAACAUAGCAUUUAGGCCAAAGUCCAUGUGCUCGGACUUUUGAGGUUGUGAGUGAAGUGCAAGGGAAGCUGCAGGGCAGAAGCUAACUGCUUUAUUCAUCCAAAAUUCACAUAUGUCAAUGGCUCAUGUGAGCCAAAAUGUAGUCCAGUUCUCUAAACAGACUGAAGGAGGUGAUUUUCUCCGGGCAACUGCACCUGUAUUUCUUCAGAGAUGUAAAAUGACAGAUACAUAGACACAAAACAUUCAACUUAAAAUAGGUAUACAUGGUUGAAUAGCUGUCAGAAUUAUAUACAGAAUGAUAACAAUUCAUGAGCGGUGAUGAUAACAAUGUUGGAGAUAUUUACAUAAAACCUGGUCACGAGAAUCGGUUUCCCUCAGCUGUGUGGUGAAUACAUGUUCAUUUUCGUGCAGAGAAAGUUACUUCAUCAGGUAGGCCUACCACAUGAAUUUGCCACGUGGGGGCUACAGUACUCCACAACCAGGAGAGGCCUACAUCAAUGGGCUGGUGUCUGGUAUGUAUGUUGGUUUCAACCAAUCAAUUGAAACCCAUGUCGUCCUCAUGUUGACCUUCAUUUGGUAGGUCUUUGGUUAUCUUUGGAGUACUCUGUGUAGGCCAGAAUAUCCUGGGGAGAAGGGGGGUUCUAUGAGUGUCAACAUGGAUGAAUGUAUAGUUUAUGUUCUUUAAGUCUUAGGGGACGCUCACUUUUCUGUUUGGAUGGUAGGUUGUCUUGGACGGUAAAAGAUUUUCAAUAGCCCUUCUGGUGUCAGACUGUUGUUGUCAGGCUUGUAUUUUCUUGAAAAACGUUUGCUGGCAACAUCAAUGCUUGGCUGUACAAGACUUCAGAACCCAUGGAAAUUCUUUUUUACAUCUUCCGCCUUGACAUAUGGCAGUGAGAGGGGCUCUCAUUGAUCUGUGUAUCUUCGUGAUGAUUUCAUUUGCUUUGGGGAUGUAAGGUGUUGUGUGUGUAAUUAUCAUACCCAGACUGUACAUGAGGGCAUUCCACAGGUUGGAGGUGAAGUUAGUGCCUCUGUUGUUGGUGAUGAUCUGGGGGACUCCGUGACUCCUGUCUCAAUCAAAGCGGGAUUUGACACGGCUCUCCCAUGUUUGCUGCCAGAUUGGCAUUGCCUCUGGCCAUCUCAUGUUCCUGUCUAUAAUUAUAAACAGGUACUUGUACCCAUCUGAGGUUGAUAGGGGGUUUCCACUAUGUCGACGUGUAUGUGGGCAAGUUGGUGCUCCAUUGUUUUGAAUUUUUCUAUCCUACUCUGUGUGUCUUGUGACGUUUGAUGUCUGGCAUGGGAUGAACUCUCUUGCCCAUGUCUUUACCUCCUUCCUCAUGCCCCACCAGAUGUACCACUCUGCUAUUGUUUGGGUGGUUGAUUGUCCUGAUAGGUGGUAUGGGUUGUGGGUGAGGCCGAAGGCUCUCCCUCUCAGUCCCUCUGGCAAGUAAGGGCAUGGUUGCAGGUGAUGGUCACCAUUCUGUUAUCAAUCAAUAGGUUGCCCUAUAUAAGGGCAGAGUUUAUCUGCAACAGUCUCUGCAGGCCCUCAUCAUCCUUCUGUCUUUCCAUGAUAUCAGGUUAGGAUAUCCCAAACUGGAUGGUGUUGACACAGUUUCUUGAUAGGACAUCCGCCAUGGUGUUCGAUGAACUCUUCAGGUAUUUAAUGGUGCAGAAGUACUCGGUUAUUGCUGACAGGUGCUGUUGUUGUUGCUCUAACCACGCAUCUGCUAACUUCAUGAAGGCGUGGGCUAGUGGUUGGUGCUCUGAUUGGACCAUGAACAGACAUCCCUUUAGCAUGUGGCACAAAUGGCUGACUGUUUUGUAAACUACAAUGAGCUCCCUGUCGAAUGUUACAUACCAAACCUCUGCUCUGCUGUUGCUAGUAUUUUGCUGAAGAAGGCUAACAGGCGGCAACUAUCCUUACUGUCCUGCUCAAGUACAGUGGCCAUUACCAUAUUGCUUGCAUUUGUUGAAAGUGUGAGGGAUCUGUGGGGUAAAGGAAACAUAAAUGCUGUUGCAGACGUUAUUGCUUCUUUUGCUAAUUUAAAUGCAUUAUCUUGUUCUUCUGACCAAUUUAAUUUUUUUGGAGGUACUGAUGGCUUAUUAUUUUUGUAUUGUUUGGGAUAAACCUAUGAUAAUAGUUAAUUAGUCCAGAGAAUUAAUACACUGAUUUUACUGUUGUUGGUUUUUGGAAAUUUGUUACUGCUUUCACUUUCUCUGGUAGAGGUUUGGUGUCGUCUGGGUUAACUUUGUGGCCAAGAAAUUCUACCACUUUUUUACCAUUCUCACUUGUCCUCAUGCAAUAUUAGACCAUUGUAUUUCAGUCAUUUUAACACGGUUCUCAAAUCUUUGAGAUGCUGUUUAAGGUUAGGGGUGAAAAUUAAUAUAUUGUCCAUGUAUAUUACAUAGAAUGGGAGGUCCUUGAAUAUCCUGUCCAUUAACCUUUGUAACAUUGCCCCUGAGUUGUGAAGACAGUUGAAUGUGUAAGUGCUGAAUGGGGUGGCGACUGCAGUCUUCUAGGUAUCUUCUUGUGCUACUGGUUCUUAGAAAUCUCCUUCUAGCAGAUCAAUCUUAGUGAAUAUUUUUGCUAAACUCAUUCGGUUUGUUAUAUCUGCUAAAUUUGGUAUUGGGUAUCUGUCCGGUUUUGUUUUUACUUUGUCAUCAGUAAUUCCCAAGGGGAUGCCAUUUUCUGUCUGCAUUCAGUACCGUAUGUAGUGGAGACGCCCAUGGGCUGGAAGCUUUCUGGCAUAUUCUGGCUUCUUCCAUGUCUUCAAUACCUUCUUUGUGUAGGUAAGUUUUCCAGGAACCUGACGUCUGAAUCUGUAUUGGAGGACACUGUUUUUAUGUGGUGUUGGAUCUUGUCUUUUGCUGGGUUUGUUAGGUCAUGUCUGAGGUUGUCCCUGAAAACGUCCAUGAAUUCUGUAGUAAUUCUCUCAUAAUGGUGGUGGGACGUUGAUAAGUGACAGCCCUUGUUGCACUUUCUCCCCUUGCUCCCGAUCCUCCCGUAAAAUAAGCAUAAUACCAUCUGGAGGCUCUUGUCUUUUCUGUGUGGGUUUACUUCUGGCUUCUUACUUGGGGAAACAUCUUUUGCAAAUGGGAGUGGCUGGUUCAUCUGUAUUGUGUCUUUGUUUUCCGAUGAAUAUACAGUGUGAUGUGCUGCGGAUAUGAGGGUUUGCUGCUCUGUGUGCAGUGUGUACCUCAUCUACCAUGACCAGGAACUCUUCUAUGGGCAUGGAGUAGGUGUUAGGCAAGGCUGCUACUGCCUAGCGUGAAAGUUUGGUGAGGAGUACCUCUCUCACAAAGUCCAAGGAUGACUUUGUUUGGUCAUCAUUGGCCAGCAGGGUGAUCAGUCGCCACAGUUGUUUAUAUACGUGCAACAGCCGUUCAUCGCCUAUCAGGGUCCCCAAGUGAUUGAGGAAUUUCUUCGCUCUUUGGUUGGGUGGCAUGCUGAAGGAUGACAUCAGCUAGUCCUUCAGAAUGUCAUAGAUGAUGGGGGCUUCUUAUUCCUCAAGCCAUUCUACUAUUUGCUGGAAGAUGUCAUCCGGCAGGAAUUCGAGGACGAUGUCUACUUUCCACAUUGCCGAAAUGUUCUUUGUGUAGAAAAUCGUUUCUCCACUAAAGAACCAUGCUUCAGUGUGGCAGUGUGUGUAGGGUGGCUGUCAGAUGGAGGCAGCUGCAAGCUUUAGCUGAUGGUGCAGGGGUAACUGGUGAUGCAUGAUCGGUUAUCUAUCCGGGGUCAUCAGUGUGAGUGAGGUGCAAGCAAAACUACAGGCCAAUGGCUCAUGAGAUCCACAAAGUAGUCCUGUCCUCUCAACAGAUUGAGGAAGGGGGUUAACUCUGGGUAUCUGUGUUUCUUCACAGAUGCAAAUUGACAGAUAUAUAGAUAUGGAAUGCUUAACAUAAAAUAGAUAUACAUGGUUGAAUAGCUAGCAGAAAAAGGUUGGAGAUAUUUACAUUAAACAUGAUCACUAGAAUCUAUGUUUUUCUUAUCCUCCUGGUGAGCAUGUGGUCAAGCUUGUGCAGAGAAAAUUAAUUUGUCAGGUAGGCCUACCACGUGGUGGUUGCAAAGUAACUUAGCACUAAGGAAAAUUAAUAGUGAAUGGUUACAAAAUGUGCAAGAGGACAAAAACCUCACAGUUGCACUAUGAAUCAAUUGUCAGGAAAAGAUGAAAAGUAAGAUGAAAGAGAAUAUGAAAGGAGAAACAGUUAAAUGAAUGAAAGGGGUUGUAGUUAGGAGACAAAGGACAUUGCAAAUAACCUUAAGUAAUGCCUACAAUGCACCACAUGAGGUACACAAAUGGCACUAACCUCCUUACAGAUUAAGUGUUCCACUGAAGCCCCACAUUGUAAAAGGUGCAGGGAGCUAUUUGAAACUGCAGCAUUUGAACUUAGUUACACUAACAAUAUCCUAACUUCUCAGGCCACUUUUGUACAGCUCCAAAAUAUUUCAACAUUUAAAUUUGUUUCACUUAAUUUGUGGAAGGUAAGUUAAUUUGUUGUACAAGAGAAUGUCACACAUUUCUUUAGUGGUUUAUCUUCAAUAAUCUAUGGUGUUGAAUUUAUUGCUAUCAGUUCUGCCUGGGAAAAAUUUAAUUUAUUUAAAGUGAAGUGGCAGUAAAUCGUACUCUUGUUAAGGGAUUUGGAACCAUCAAUAUAAAAUACAUAAAAGGGGACAUCUGUAUCUGUAAUCUUCUAUUGUGCUUGUCUAUAAUAUUCACGGGUACUGGCAUAUUUUUCAGACAAAUACAGGUAUCCCUAGAGUAGGCAGUCUACUUCUAGAGGAAAUCUGAUCUUCAGAUAGAUUGAGUCUUUGAGAUUACUAGCUCUAAUUGGGAUAAAUGGAAGAUGGUUUGUCACAAAAAUGACUGGCCACACAACAUGUUAGAGGAGAAACUCUUAUUUACAUUUUCAAAUGCACUCCAGGAAGAGAUUCUUAAUAUUUCAAUUUUUGUCAUACCAAUGUGGGUGCCAAGGCAUCCUUGGACGGGGCAUGAGUAUCAGUACACCACAUUGGUCUUCCUCAAGGGAUUCUGCUAUGUGGGGGGCUGGAUUAUUCUUCAUCACCAGGCUGCUGGUUUUUCUACUUUUAGUGUAAAUAUUAAGAUGGAUAAUCUUAUCAGGAUUGGUAGGGCAGACGUUUUCCUUAAUGAUCUUCUUAAGGCUUCCUCAUCUUCCCUAUACUUCCUGUGGAAGUGCCCUUUGUAAAAAAAAGUAGGAUCUGUUCAGGGGUGUCAGGGUGUGGUUCCUAUUGGUAUCAGUUUUAAUGUUCCUUCGGAUAGACUUUUCUAUUUCUUGAUUAAUCAACAAAUAGAAAAGUUUAUCCGUAGGAACAUCAAGAAAUAGAAAAGUCUACCUGAUGGAACAUUGAUAGCUGGUACCAGCAGGAACUAUACCCUAAUGUCCCUUACAAAAAGAAUUUCCUGCCCUGCCCAGGAGGGAGCAAUAUUCAACCAUGCCAGAACUGCCCAUAGUCAGAGGAUCUCCUGAUGAGACAUUGUACUAUUGUCAAGGAAAGGCAGCUUUGAUCAUGAAAUGCACGUUGCAGCUGCUCUAUCUCUUCCUGGGAGCUGGUGCCGAUGAAGGUGUCAUUAAUGUAGCGCACAU